CAACUUAAAAACACAAGCCAUUAGCAACAGAGCAGAGCAAAGAGAGACUUCUUCCUCUGAUCACACAGAAAAUUAAAUUUCCUUUUUUCUCUCUCUCAUACACAGAAAAUGGCUGAGCUUGAGAGUCCAGGAGUAAUGCCGAAGCUAAUAGCCUUCUUAUCUUCGUUGCUAGAACGAGUCGCCGAAUCUAACGAUCUAACUCGGCGAGUCACGACUCAGUCACAGAGGGUGUCGGUGUUCCACGGACUGAGUCGACCCACCAUAACGAUUCAGAGCUACCUCGAGAGGAUUUUCAAAUACGCUAAUUGUAGUCCCUCUUGCUUCGUCGUGGCGUAUGUUUAUCUCGACCGUUUCACUCACAGACAACCUUCGCUUCCGAUUAAUUCCUUUAACGUUCAUCGUCUCCUCAUUACCAGUGUCAUGGUCUCUGCUAAAUUCCUCGAUGAUCUGUACUACAACAAUGCGUAUUACGCGAAAGUGGGAGGGAUAAGCACGAAAGAGAUGAAUCUUCUGGAGCUGGAUUUCUUAUUCGGGUUAGGAUUUGAUUUAAACGUGACGCCAAACACAUUCCACGCUUACUUCUCUUAUCUUCAAAAGGAAAUGACUCUUCUUCAACCUCUCUCUCUCGUCGUUGCCCCACCAAGAUCUGUCAGUGCCUUCAACGAAGAUGAAGCUUCUCAUCAGAAGCAACAACUCGCUGUUUGAUUCACAUAAAAAUCCAAAAAAAAAACAAAAAAAUAUCAAAAUCUUUUUUAGUUCUUUUUUUCAUAAACAUUUGAUCAUUCUCGGCCCCUCUUUUUUUUUUUUAAUGAAUUGUGUAGAUGUAGAUGAUGAUGUAGAGAUUAGUCGGCAGGGAACUCUUAUCUUUGUCUUAAUCAAUCUCGAUUAAGAAAUUCAAAAUCAAGCCAGUGAGCUCUUGACCCCAUUUCUCUCUCUUUCUCUCUAUAUAUAUAUUUAGAUGUGGACAGAUGGGAUGAUUCAUCUUUACAGACUGGCUUGGGCAA